AUGGUAGCUCGAUGGGCAGAGCUCGUCGAUGGGGUGCGGCCGGAGGAUGGCGCUCUGAAACAUCCAGAUGAUUACAUCGUGAACACGCUCCAGUGCAACAGCGCGCUGGAUGCGAAGCAGGGCUGCACGGGCCUCUACGUCCGCUUCCUCGACCGCGUUGCCACGCAUGAUGCGACCGUGCUGAUCCUUCUGCCGCAGCGGGCGCUCCCGCCGCGGACGGAUGCCUACCCGACGCUGCACCUCCAAUGUCUGCAGCACCUGCGCGAGAACCUGGACGAGAGCAAGCCCGGUGCCCUGGAGGUCGAGGACAAGUUCCACUUCUGCAUCGGCUUUGCGAUCGGCACCGAUGGCGUGCUGCAGAGAAACUCGUGCGCCAACGAGCAGAUCUACGGCGCGGGGCGCGCGCUGCCGCAGCCGCAGUACGACUCACUCUUCGAGCUGCUUAAAUCAUUGAAGAUCCGGCUCCCCCGCUGGCUGCACCUGCCACGCCGGCUAUACAGACCGCCGACCGCCGUGUGCGCCACUGUGCCUUCGCACAGCGGGUUUGUGGCCGCUGCCGCCGCCUCCGGGGCGGCCGCCGCCAUCGCCCUGCUUUUUGCCUUCAUUCUCUUCCUGUGCAAGCGGCGGCGGACAGCAGCGCGGCCGGCUGGCGGCUCUGGACGGCGCCCGCUGUACCGCCGCGCCUCGGCCUCCACCAAGCUGCUCGAGCUCAUUCACCAGACGGCGGGACGGGACGAGAGCUUCCCUGCCAAGCGGCUGCGAAGGGAGUGGGGCGGCGGCUUCACGAAAGGAGUGCUCUCCGCCGCCAAGGACUCGCUCUUCAGCCUCGCCCCCUGGCGCCAGUCCUCCCGCCCACACCUCCCUCCCGGCUUUGAGGACGCUGCUCUCUCCGCCCUCCAGCAGCGGCCGGGCGCGGCGGACGCGUUCGAGGCGCUCCUCCGCCGCCUGCCCGCGCCCUCGGCGGAGGCGCUCGGCCGGCUGCGCCGCUGCAUCCUCGAUCUCGUGGUUGAGUCGGACACGGCGGACAGCGACACCCGCCUCCUCUUUGGCGCUGCGGACUGCCUCGCCCGCCUGCACACCGCCUACCUCGUCCCGAGGCCGGCCACGCGCGACGCGCUCUUCUUCCCCUGCGACGGCUCGCUCGACCGGCUGGUGAGGCGCCUCUCCGCCGCCGAAAGCAGCAUCGACGCCGCCGUCUACACCAUCACCGACGAGCGGCUCACGCGGUCCCUGCUCGAGCGGCACCGCGCAGGAGCGUACGUCAGAGUCGUCUCAGACGCGGAGCAAGCCUUCGCGACCGGCUCGCGCAUCUUCGAGCUGGCGCGUGCCGGCGUCUCUGCCGUGGUCGGAGGCCACGAGAGAGAGGACUCGCAGGCGCGGAUGCACCACAAGCUUCUCCUCACCGGCUCCUUCAACUGGACGGUCUCGGCGCACGCGCGAGGCAACUGCAAUCUCCCGCAAUCUCCCGCAACCUCCCGCGGCAACUGCGAGAACCUGCUCGUCACAUCGGACAGUGAGAUGGCGCCGCCGCCCAGCCGGCCGCGUGCAGAGUGGGGCGCCAGGCUGUCUGCGGGCGCGCGCGGCGUGCUGCGAGACUACGGGGCGCUGCGGCGCGACAUACUGGCGGAGGAGGCCGUCGGCGGCGCAGAGAGGGAGGAGCUUCUGCGCGCCGCCGCCGCCGAGGCGUCCGACGCGUUUCGCGGGCUGCUGCGGCGAGCAGACCCCCCCGCCACCGCCGCCGGCGCCGCGACGACCGCGCUGAUCAAGGGCGUGGCUGCGCAUUUGCACGCGGCGGCGGCGGAGGGGAGCGGCGCCGGCGGCGGCGGCGCGGGCGGGGAUCGCGGGCUGGUGGGUGUGGUGGAGGAGGAGCUGCUGCAGCCGCGGCCGCUCGCGCACGAGGUGCUCCUCUUCCCAAGCGACGAGGCGCGGCAGAAGCUCUGCUCUUGGAUCGGCUCCGCCACCACCACGCUCGAGUGCUGCCCGCACCGAGGGAUCAAUCACUCCACUGUCCGCUCCGCCACCACCACGCUCGAGUGCUGCGUCUUCGUCAUCUCGGACGCGCGCGUGGCCGCUGAGCUCAAGGAGGCGGCCGCGCGCGGGGUCGCGGUGCGGCUGAUUACCGACGACAAGACUGCGCUCGACGGCGGUUCGCAGGUCUUCGGCAUGGCGUCUGCCGGCGUCGAGACGCUCGUCGACCCGGACUACGAGCUCAAGAGCGGCGCGGCGCCCGUGCCGCGCCACAUGCACCACAAAUACGCCAUCGUGGACGGGCGGGUGUUGCUGUGCGGCUCGUACAACUGGUCGUACUCGGCCUCGGCGCGCAACAACGAGAAUUGCGUCGUCACAGAGGACGUCUACCUGGUCGCCAAGUACAGCGCCGAGUUCGAGCGCCUCUGGAGGGAGUUCAAGGCGGCCGCGCCCCUCUCGCAGCAGCAGGCCGCCAUCCGCAUCCAGCAGAUCGAGAGGGGCAACCGCGAGCGGCGCAGGUUCGCCGCGAUGGCGCGGAGCCACCGCGCGGCCAACGUGUUUGACGUUGCGCGCAGCGCGAUGGACAUUGCAUCGCCGGGGAACCGCAAGCGCGGCCGCGGCUGA